UCACACCGGUUGCAGAGAAAGUUGCUCUCACCGCUCCUUCGCUUUGUUUUACCUCAUUAUCACACAGCUAUGGCGGACAUCCAGGAGGAGAAGCUGUACACGGCGGAAUACGCUAAAAGCGGCCGCGCUUCUUGCAAAAAAUGCAAAGAAAGCAUCGCUAAAGGCUCACUGAGGAUAGCCAUCAUGGUGCAGUCGCCCAUGUUUGACGGGAAGGUCCCCCACUGGCACCACUUCUCCUGCUUCUGGCUGCGAGCGGCGGCAAAGUCACCAGCUGACAUCGCCGGCUUUUCCGACCUGCGCUGGGAGGACCAGGAAAAGGUGAAGAAGGCCAUCGAGAGCGGCGGAGCAGUCGGGAUAGCAAAAGGUGGUCAGAAGAGUGCCGCUGCAGGAGAGAAGACGCUGAAUGAUUUUGCGGUGGAAUAUGCCAAAUCCAACCGCAGCACGUGCAAAGGCUGCGAGCAGAAAAUAGAAAAUCAAGAAAGUUGCUCUGAGGCGAAGAAGAAGACCGUAACGUGUUGGCGCGUGUUUUGA